AUGGCGUCGCCUUGGACGCUGCUCGUAGCCGCAGCCAUGGCGGCCGCUCUGCUCCCGGUGCCGGCGUCCGCCAAGACGUACAUGGUCGGGGACGGCGCCGGCUGGGACACCGGCGUCGACUAUGACGCCUGGGCCAGGGGCAAGAAAUUCAAGGUCGGCGACACGCUCGUGUUCCGGUACUCGACGCCCGAGCACGACGUGGUGCAGGUGGACGCGCGGGGCUUCGCCGAGUGCGUGGCGCCGGACAACACGGUGCUGCUGACCUCCGGCAACGACCACGUGGUGCUGGGGCAGGCCGGGCGGUUCUUCUUCAUCUGCGACACCGAGGGGGAAUGCAGCUCCGGCCUAAAGCUCACCGUGAACGUCCACUGA